GUCCCCUGUCCCCUGUCCCCUGUCCCCAUGUCCCCAUGUCCCCACGGCACCUACUACAUCAACCCCCCGCUGUACACGCCACCCGGUGAGUGUCCCCUGUCCCCUGUCCCCUGUCCCCAUGUCCCCAUGUCCCCAUGUCUCCACGGCACCUACUACAUCAACCACCCGCUGUACACGCCACCCGGUGAGUGUCCCCUGUCCCCUGUCCCCAUGUCCCCAUGUCCCCAUGUCCCCAUGGCACCUACUACAUCAACCACCCGCUGUACACGCCACCCGGUGAGUGUCCCCUGUCCCCUGUCCCCUGUCCCCAUGUCCCCACGGCACCUACUACAUCAACCACCCGCUGUACACGCCACCCGGUGAGUGUCCCCUGUCCCCUGUCCCCAUGUCCCCAUGUCCCCACGGCACCUACUACAUCAACCACCCGCUGUACACGCCACCCGGUGAGUGUCCCCUGUCCCCUGUCCCCAUGUCCCCAUGUCCCCACGGCACCUACUACAUCAACCCCCCGCUGUACACGCCACCCGGUGAGUGUCCCCUGUCCCAUGUCCCCUGUCCCCAUGUCCCCAUGUCCCCACGGCGCCUACUACAUCAACCACCCGCUGUACACGCCACCCGGUGAGUGUCCCCUGUCCCCUGUCCCCUGUCCCCAUGUCCCCACGGCACCUACUACAUCAACCACCCGCUGUACACGCCACCCGGUGAGUGUCCCCUGUCCCCUGUCCCCAUGUCCCCAUGUCCCCACGGCACCUACUACAUCAACCACCCGCUGUACACGCCACCCGGUGAGUGUCCCCUGUCCCCUGUCCCCAUGUCCCCAUGUCCCCACGGCACCUACUACAUCAACCACCCGCUGUACACGCCACCCGGUGAGUGUCCCCUGUCCCCUGUCCCCAUGUCCCCAUGUCCCCACGGCGCCUACUACAUCAACCACCCGCUGUACACGCCACCCGGUGAGUGUCCCCUGUCCCCUGUCCCCUGUCCCCAUGUCCCCAUGUCCCCACGGCACCUACUACAUCAACCCCCCGCUGUACACGCCACCCGCCUACGGCGAGGAGCAGGUGAAGCUGGCGCUCGGCGUCUUCCUGUUCUGCCAGCUGGGGAACUUCUCCAUCCACGUGGCCCUGCGCAACCUGCGCCCCGCCGGCUCCAAGACCCGCAAGAUCCCCUACCCGACCCGCAACCCCUUCACCUGGCUCUUCCUGCUCGUCUCCUGCCCCAACUACACCUACGAGGUGGGGUCCUGGAUCGGCUUCACCAUCAUGACGCAGUGUCUGCCCGUGGCCCUCUUCUCGCUGGUGGGCUUCGUGCAGAUGACCAUCUGGGCCAAGGGCAAGCACCGCAGCUACCUCCGGGAGUUCCGCGACUACCCGCCGCUGCGCUCGCCCAUCGUCCCCUUCCUCCUCUGAGCCCCGGGGACACCGCGGGGACAGGGCCACCCCGCCCCGGCGGCCACCGGCUGCUCGGGGACGUGGGGACCCGGUCACUGCCACCACGGCGCUCGCCCGGCGGCCCCGUCCUGCUCUGAGCCCCGCGGGGAUCCGGCUGUCCCAGCCCAUCGUCCUCGUUUUCCUUGGGGACACGGGGACAUGUGGGGACACCGUGGGGACAUGGCUGUCCCAGCCCAUCGUCCUCGUCUUCCUUGGGGACACGGGGACAUGUGGGGACACUGUGGGGACUCAGCCAGCCCUGCCCAUCGUCCUCGUUUUCCUUGGGGACACGGGGACAUGUGGGGACACCGUGGGGACAUGGCUGUCCCAGCCCAUCGUCCUCGUCUUCCUUGGGGACACGGGGACAUGUGGGGACACCGUGGGGACAUGGCUGUCCCAGCCCAUCGUCCUCGUCUUCCUUGGGGACACGGGGACAUGUGGGGACACCGUGGGGACAUGGCUGCCCCAGCCCAUCGUCCUCGUCUUCCUUGGGGACGCGGGGACGUGGGAACACCGUGGGGACAUGGCUGCCCCAGCCCAUCGUCCUCGUCUUCCUUGGGGACACGGGGACAUGUGGGGACACUGUGGGGACACGGGGACCCCGUGGGGACCUGUUGCCCCCCGUCCCAUCAUCCCUUUCCUGCUCUGAGCCAUGGGGACACGCGGGGACACCACGGGGACCCGGCCCUGCCAGCCUGCCCCAGCCCAUCGUCCCUGUCUUGCCUGGGGACAUGUGGGGACAUGGGGACUCCAUGGGGACCUGUUGCCCCCCCCAUCCCAUCGUCCCCAUCCUGCUCUGAGCCAUGGGGACACCAUGGGGACACAUGGGGACACGGUGACUUGUGCCACCAUGGCCCAUCGUCCCCAUCCUGCUCUGAGGCACGGGGACACAUGGGGACACGGUGACCUGUGCCACCAUGGCCCAUCGUCCCCAUCCUGCUCUGAGCCGCGGGGACACCGUGGGGACACAGGACACCAUCCUGCCCCGGGGCAUUGUCCCCUCCCAGCUCGGGGACAUGGGGACACUUAGGGGACACUGACCCUACCUUGUGCCAGCCCCCGUGUCCCCGAGCCACAGGGAUGGGGACACCAUGGGGACCAAGGGGUUGGUCACCGGGCUGCGGUCCCCAGGAACAAGCCGUGUCACCCGCGCGCGCUGUCACCGUCCCCGGGAAUGAACUGUGUCACCCGCAUGUGACCUGUCAUCGGGGGGCCACGGUCCCCAAGAAUAAACCAUGUCACCCGCG